AUGGUCAAAGUGACAGAAAGUACCAUCGAUAAAACUACAGCUGUUAUAGCAACAAUUACCGCACCUCCUGGUACUAAGAUUGUCAUGACCUCUACUAUGACCGUUACUGCAUUGCCUACAAGUACUGCAGCCGCUGUACUUACUACUGUAGCAUCUGCCGCUGCAGCUACUACACUUAUUGCCGCAACUUCUGUACCUAUCACUGCACCUACUACGGCAAUUCCCGCAAUUGCUAUAUCUAGCACUACAGCUAUCAUGCCCACUCCCGAGGCUCCUAUGCCUACCACUGCAGCUGCUAAAUACACUCCUUCAGCUGCUGUACUUACCACUGCAGCUAUUAUACCCACUCCCGCAACUCCUAUGCCUACCACUGCAGCUGCUAAAUACCCUAUUCCAGCUGCUGUAUUUACCACAGAAGCUACUAAAUACCCUCCUCCAGCUGCUGUACUUACCACAGCUGCUAAAUACACUCCUUCAGCUGCUGUACUUACCACUGCAGCUAUUAUGCCCACUCCCGCAGCUCUUACCACUGCAGCUGCUAAAUACCCUUCACCAGCUGCUGUACUUACCACUGCAGCUGCUAAAUAUCCUACUCCAGCUGAUGUACUUACCACUGUAGCUAUUAUGCCCACUCCCACGGCUUCUAUGCCUACCACUGCAGCUGUUAAAUCCACUCCUCCAUCUGCUACACCCAGCACUGCAGCUAUUAUGCCUAUUCCUGCAGCUCCUGUGCCUCCCACUGCAGCUGCUCGACCUCCGACUAUAUCUACCAUUCCAGUUGCCACGCCUACUAUACCUACUACCAAAAUUACGGCGAUUACUGUCGCGACUUCUGUUCCUACAAAUGAUAUGGUAACCGAUUCUACAGUACCAUCAGUAACAAUGAAAAUCACAACGAUAGAACUAUGCAGAGCGUGCAAUAAUAUACCGGCAAUUAGAGCUGACUCAUUAGCUAGUGGAGAACGAAAUGGUCAUUUGCUAGUCAUUUAUGGAGCAAAUCCGUCUGGUUGUCGUACUGCUAAUCUCAUUUGUGAUGGAACUUUCUUGACAAGACAAAUUGCAAUAAUUUAUGCAAAUGGAAUCAAAAAUAGUCCAUUGGCAAUGUCACCAACGGGAUCAGUUCAAGUUACCUUAACUUGUGAUAAUAAUAUCUGUUGGAGAGCACCAAACUCAGGGAUGAAUAUUUGGAAUGUAACAUGCAUAUUUAGAGAUCAACCAAUACCAACGACAUCGUUACCACCAACUACAACACCGAUACCAUGCAGUACGUGCACAAAUAUCAGAGCUGAAAGAGUAAGGAAUCCUGCAUUAAAUGAAGCUAAUGGAAAGCUUACCAUUGAAUAUACGUAUAACGAAUUUGGCUGCCGAAUUGCUUUCAUUCAUUGUAACAGUAGUGAUGACAAUGCAGAAACUACAAUCUAUUUCAAUGGGAUGAAAAAUUUACCAUAUGUUUCAAGUAGAACUGGUCAUUCAAUAAUUUUUUUGGUCUGUGGUGAUAAUCUACGCUUUAGAGCUACAGGUUCACGUACCAACGUUGAAAGUGUUACUUGUCUUUCACGAGAUAUUAUUCCAACAGUACCUUCAACAAUAACUAUACCACGUAUAACAACUAUUCCAACAGUACCUUCAACAAUGACUAUACCACGUAUAACAACUAUUCCAAUAGUACCUUUAACAAUAACUAUACCACGUAUAACAGCUAUUCCAACUACACCAUCAAUAAUGACUACAACAACUGCUCGAGCAGUACCUUCACCAAUAACCACGACAAUUAUUCCAAUAAUACCUUUAACGAUGACUAUGCCACCUUCUCCACCAACAACACCAGCAGUACCAUUACCCUGUACGAGAUGCGAAAAUCUUAAGGGUAGGCAAUUAAUAGGAUUAAGAUCAAAUGAAAUUAAUGGUCCGUUGGUAAUUGAAUAUUCGAGACAAGCUGAUGGUUGUCGUAAAGCAAAUAUUAUUUGUGGUACCGUUAAGAAUUGGACCACUGCAAGGAUAUUUUUCAAUGAAGAAAUGAAUUUACCAUUUAUAUCGGAUAUCACUGGCAAAGCAGAAUUGGAAUUGAUAUGUGGAAGUAAUUCACGAUGGCGAGCAUUUGAAUCAAGAAUUGAUGUUGCAAGCGUUUCUUGUCUUUUAAUAGCUCUAUUGUCGACACCAUCAACAGUUUCGCCACAAUUGAGAACUCAUUCACAGCCACUUAUGCCAACAUUAACAACACCGCUCAGAUGUCAAGCGCAAUGGGCGACAUGGGGAGCCUGGUCAACCUGUACGGACACGUGCGGUGCUUACGGAACUCGUCAACGUUUUCGUGGUUGUGAGCGAACUAAUGAGGAUUGCUUUUGUCCUGGGAGUAUAAGUGAGAUGGAACUUUGCAAUCUUCAACCAUGCUUAUAUCCACGAAAUGCAUGUCGACCAAAUUAUACGGUCUCUUCAGUGAAUCAAAAAUUUGUUUGUGUGCCGAUUCAAUCUUAA